AUGUCUGCUGCGUACAAAGCCGCUGGCAUCAGCUACAACAGGCUCCUUGCCAUCAGCGGCCGCGUGUUGCGCCGUUCCCUCAAGGAAGACAAGCGCAUCCAGGCUGAACGUCGUGGAGAGUCCGAACUUCGUGUCGCAUUCUGGAAAAACGGCAAGCAGUCCGAAGCAAAGCCCAUCGACCAGGUCACCAAAGAGGCUGCGCAGCCGUCCGCAUGA